AUGAAGAGCACUCUCCUUGCCGCCGCCGCUCUGCUCGGCUCCGCCCAGGCUGGCGUGCACAAGCUGAAGCUCCAGAAGCACUCUCUUGCCGAGCAACUGGCUACCCACAGCAUCGAGGAGCACGUCCAGGCUGUUGGCCAGAAGUACCUGGGAUCGCGCCCUGAAUCCCGAGCUGAUGCCGUCUUCAGCACCAACGUUCCCAAGUCAGAUGGCAUCCACCCUGUGCCUGUCACGAACUUUAUGAAUGCGCAGUACUUCUCCGAGAUCACCAUCGGUACUCCUCCUCAGACCUUCAAGGUUGUUCUCGAUACCGGUAGUUCCAACCUCUGGGUUCCUUCCCAGAGCUGCAACAGCAUUGCCUGCUUCCUGCACUCCACAUAUGACUCCUCUAGCUCCUCGACAUACAAGAAGAAUGGGUCCGAUUUCGAGAUCCAUUAUGGAUCUGGUAGCUUGACUGGGUUUAUCUCCAAUGACGUAUUCACCAUUGGCGACCUCCAGGUCAAGAACCAAGACUUCGCAGAGGCCACCGAGGAGCCUGGCCUGGCUUUCGCAUUUGGCCGUUUCGAUGGCAUUCUUGGUCUUGGCUUUGAUACCAUCUCGGUGAACCACAUCGUCCCUCCCUUCUACCAGCUGGUAAACCAGAAGCUCAUUGACGAGCCUGUCUUUGCGUUCUACCUGAGCUCAACCGAUGAAGGCUCCGAGGCCGUCUUCGGAGGUGUUGACAAGAGCCACUACGAGGGCGAGAUUGAGUAUAUUCCUCUGCGCCGCAAGGCUUACUGGGAGGUUGACCUUGAUUCUAUCGCCCUUGGCGACGAGGUGGCCGAGCUUGAUGACACCGGUGUUAUUCUUGACACUGGUACUUCUCUCAACAUCCUGCCCAGCUCUCUCGCCGAGAUGCUGAAUGCUCAAAUCGGAGCCAAGAAGGGAUACAACGGCCAGUACACGAUUGAUUGCUCAAAGAAGCAGUCGCUUCCCGACAUCACCUUUGACCUCGCUGGUUCCAAGUACAGCCUGCCUGCUUCUGACUACAUCCUGGAGGUCUCUGGUAGCUGCAUUUCCACCUUCCAGGGAAUGGACUUCCCUGCCCCCACUGGUCCCUUGGCCAUUCUUGGUGAUGCUUUCUUGCGCCGUUACUACUCUGUCUACCACCUUGGCAAGGGUGCCGUCGGUCUGGCCAAGGCCAAAUAA